AGGCCGGCCCUGCUCCCCACCCCGGCCUCCCUCCUUGCGCGGAUCCGGCCCCCUCGGCCGCGCCCGCCGCCCGCCGCCCGCCGCAGCGCCGAGGCCUCUUCCAGCACCGGAGUCGUCCCAAGCGCCACCGGCGGAAGCCGCCGCGCCCACCGGCGCUCGCUCGCCGCGCCCGCCGUCUGUGCGCCCCGGUCCGGCGGCCGGGCCUGGAGGCCCGCGAUGCUUUGAGGCUGCCCGUCGCACCCCUCGCUUCUCCGCCGGCCUGGCCGGGGCGGCCUCCCCCGGCGGGCGGACUGAAGGCAGCCCGGGAGGCAGAGGCGGCGAGACGGGGCGGCCGGCCGGGCCGGGGCAUGGCGGAGCCUCGCCGCGCGUAACCGGAGCGCCCGGAGCCAGGAGCGGCGGUCGCGGGGAGAAGCGGAGAGGCGCGGGGCCUCCGGCGCGGCCAUGCUCUUCCACAGCCUGGCCGGCUCCGAGAUGCACGGCGUCAUCGACGAGAUGGACCGGCGGACCAAGGGCGAGGCGCCCGCCAUCACUUCGGCCAUCGACCGCGGCGAGACCGAAACGCACGCCAUGCCGUCGGUCAGCAGCGAGCGGGCCGCCCUGUGCGCCGGCUGCGGGGGGAAGAUCUCGGACCGCUACUACCUCCUGGCGGUGGACAAGCAGUGGCACAUGCGCUGCCUGAAGUGCUGCGAGUGCAAGCUGAACCUGGAGUCGGAGCUCACCUGCUUCAGCAAGGACGGCACCAUCUACUGCAAGGAGGAUUAUUACAGGAGGUUCUCGGUCCAGCGCUGCGCCCGCUGCCACCUUGGCAUCUCGGCCUCGGAGAUGGUGAUGCGUGCCCGGGACUCCGUUUACCACCUGAACUGCUUCACCUGCUCCACCUGCUCCAAGAUGCUGACCACCGGCGACCACUUCGGGAUGAAGGACGGGCUGGUCUACUGCCGGCUGCACUUCGAGGCGCUGCUGCGGGACGAGUACCAGCUGCACUUCAACCACGCCGAGGGGGUGGCCGGCAAGGGCCCCACGCUGGGCGCCGCGGCCCCGCUGGGCCUGCCCUACUACAACGGCGUGGGCACCGUCCAGAAGGGGCGACCCAGGAAGCGGAAGAGCCCGGGCCCCGGCGCCGAGCUGGCCGCCUACAACGCAGCGCUGAGCUGCAACGAAAACGACGGGAGCCCCCUGGACAGAGACCAGCAUUAUCCCAGCAAUCAGAAGACCAAACGCAUGCGGACGUCCUUCAAGCACCACCAGUUGCGGACAAUGAAAUCCUAUUUUGCUAUUAACCACAACCCGGAUGCCAAGGACUUGAAACAGCUCGCGCAAAAAACGGGUUUAACCAAACGGGUGCUCCAGGUCUGGUUUCAGAACGCCCGAGCCAAGUUCCGACGGAACCUCUUACGCCAAGAGAACACGGGGGUGGACAAGGCCUCCGACUCAGCCCUCCAGGCGGGCACCCCGUCAGGACCAGCUUCGGAGAUCUCCAACACCUCCAUGAGCCCAUCCAGGACCCCCACCACCCUAACAGACUUGACAAACCCUAGCAUGCCCUCAGUGACGUCUGUCUUGAGCUCGGUGCCUGGCAGUUUGGACAUCCACGAAUCCCGCAGCCCUCCACAGACCACGCUGACCAACCUUUUCUGAUGACUCGAUUCCGUUGGUCUUCUUUUUAAAGGAAGAAAUUAUUCUUAGUCAAAUUCCAAAUGUAUUUUUGAAACUCGGAAGGUUCUCACAGCGGGGCUGCAGCAUUCCGAGCCGUCGGGUCGAGUCCGGCCAGGUCUCGAAAGCCACCGUGGAUUUGAGGAGUGACUUGGAAUCCCAACUUGCCACACAACAUUUGUGUCAAUGUACAGUUUUAUGGACUGGGCCAGGGAAAUGGCAAUUAAGUUAAGUUGGCUAAAGCUUGUGUGAUUUUCAAAGACUGCCACGUGCCUUAUUUACCGUUCAUUCCCUUUCUCUUGCUCCGGCCUUUUUCUCUCUGUAUAUUUAUGACCACGGCAAAAAAACAAGCAAACUACAAAAUGGGAGGCGGGUGGGGGAAGAGAAAUGAAAAUGUUAAUACGAGUUUUGCUACUUUGAAUUAAGUCCUAAGCCCUUCAUUGGUCGUUCUGAUAUCUUAGAAUUUUAAAAAAAAAGUGACACGUCUGUUCAGCUAUCUCAAAAUUUGUAAAAAUCUAACCAGUAAUAAAGCCACU